GAGCUAGAGAGACCAAUGGCCGGACUCCGUAUAUGGCAGCUUCCUAUGUUCCUAAUUCUUACAACAGCCCUGAAAGCCCUCCGUGGUUCGCGUGUGUGUCCGUUCUUUUGUCGCCCGGCUCUCUUUAGGAUUGCACGCUGACUUUUUCGGACUUCUUUGGCUUCUCCGUGGCUGUGCAGAUUAAGAGACAGCAUGACUUCUGUGACAGGCACGUUCCGGAUCGUUUCCGAAGAGGAGCAAGCCUUGCGGACCAAACUCGAGCGGCUGACCACCAAGGACCACGGCAUCGUCUUUGGGAAGUGUGAGAAGAUCCCUGCACACACCCUGCAAAAGGCCAAGGACGAGCUGAAUGAGACUCCCGAGAAGCGCGAGCUAGCCGUGAAGGAGCUCCGGGAGCUGGUUCAAGAGAGAGCCCGUGGAGGAGAGGACAUCUGCAAGGCGGUGGCGGAGAAAGUGAAGGAUAAAGACGAAGCCUUCUUCCUCCGUUUCAUCCGUGCCCGCAAAUUUGAUGUCAGCCGGGCUUAUGAUCUGAUUAAAGGCUAUGUCAACUUCCGGCAGCAGUACCCAGAGCUUUUCGAAAACCUGACCCCGGAGGCCGUGCGAAGCACCAUAGAGGCCGGCUACCCGGGCAUCCUCUCCAACAGGGACAAAUACGGGCGGGUAGUGCUGCUCUUUAACAUUGAGAACUGGGACUACGAGGAGAUCACUUUUGAUGAGACCCUCCGCGCCUACUGCGUGAUCUUGGAGAAGCUGCUUGAGAAUGAGGAGACCCAGAUCAACGGCUUCUGCAUCGUCGAAAACUUCAAGGGCUUCACGAUGCAGCAGGCCUCUGGCAUCAAGCCGUCGGAACUGAAGAAAAUGGUGGACAUGCUGCAGGAUUCUUUCCCGGCUCGCUUCAAGGCCGUCCACUUCAUCCAUCAGCCUUGGUACUUCACCACAACCUACAACGUGGUCAAACCUUUCCUGAAGAACAAGCUCUUGGAAAGGGUCUUUGUGCAUGGAGAGGAACUGGAAGGCUUCUACCAAGAGAUCGAUGCCGACAUCUUGCCCGCAGAUUUUGGGGGCAAUCUGCCUAAAUACAAUGGCAAAGACACUGCCGAGAAACUCUUCGGGCCCCGGAUCGACGCCGAAGACACAGCUCUCUAAGCAUAAAGCAAAAUUUGCAGCUGCAGCAGCCCAGUGUAGAAGGUAGAGUCAGAGGUGGCCAUGAUCCAACCCAGCCAUCCUUUAAAAUGUAGCCUUGGUUGGAAUGAUCUGAUAGGAUCGUAAUCUCUGGGUGUUCAUCUUCACAUGUAUUCCUCACCCCUCUGGUCACCGGACAGGCAGUGGAUCCUAGGAAAGUCCUGGUGACUCCAGAUCUCAGGAAGAACCUUUUCUCCUUUUAUCCCCUCCCCAGUAAGAGCAUAAAGUGAAAGAGAGAUCCUUCAAUAAAGGCUUCUAAAGAGGUCAUGGCACUGCCCAUCUUGCUCAGUUUGAAAAGGAGCGUCCACAUAGCCCAACCACUGAUAAAGUGCCUUCUUCCUUUGUGUUUAACUGGUUGGUCUUACUAGUAACAAGGCAGUGUGAAAACAUAGGAAUGUAAGAAGCUGCCUUCUACUGAGUCAGAUCCUUAGUCCAUCUAGCUCAGUAUGGUCUGCACUGCCUGGCAACAGCUCCCCAGCGUUUCAGACAGGAGUCUUUCCCAGCCCUACCUGGAGAUGCUGCUGCCACCCUGGGACUCAACCCAGGACCUUGUUCGUGAAAAGCAGAUGCUGUGCUGCUGAGCUAUGAAUGCUCCCGAUGAGCCCAUGAAGCUGCCUUCUACCGAGUCAAACCAUGGGUCCAUCUAGCUCAGUCUUGUCUACUCUGACUGGCAGCAGCUCUUCAGGGUUUCAGACAGGCGUCUCCCCAGAUGCUGCCAGGGAUCGUGCCUGGGACCACCUGCAUGCAAAGCAGAUGUGCUACCACUUUAGCUCCAUCAUAUGGCCACCCACAGUGAAGUCUUUUAGAGCUCCCCAUAGCAAAUGGUCUUGGAGUGGGCGACGAAGGAAGGCAGGGAGGAAUAGAAAGAGAAAGCUGCCACUAUUCCGUCCUUGUCACAUUGUGAAUGGCAUGGCCAGAGUCCAUCACCUCUGGAAUUUGCCUCAUGCCAAAAAGGGGGUGAUUUCGAUGCUAAUGCCAAGAAAUAAAACUCAUCCAAACAGCAGA